AUGGAGGUUGCAGGCCCCUCAGCAACGUCAUCAGCCGACGCCGCUGAUAAGGUAGAACUCCAAGCUUCCGUGAAAGCUCUGGUGGCAGAUGUGUGCCUACUAAAGCUGCCCUUCCAAGAACACAAAAGAGCGGCCGCAUCUUGGGCCAAGGUCCCUCAGCCCAAAGUCUUUGCAUGUGCUAGGAACGCCAAGGAGUUCGAGAACUUCCUUUGGGACCUAGACCAUUACUUAUGGGUGAUACACUCACCUGAUGCGGAGAAGGUCACGUUGGCAAACAUGUACCUCGUCAAUGACGCGAACCUGUGGUGGCGCAUGUCGACGGAGGAUUUGGCCAGACAUACCAUCAAAACAUGGGAAGAAACCUAUUAUAGGAUCUCUUUUUUUAGGGUACGAAUUGAAGUGUUUUAG